UUUAGUCUUUGUAUAAUACAAAGUCCACGGAGGGCAAAAUCAGGAAUAUAUAAUUCCACUCAACGAUUCGCAAAUCACAAACACAGCUCCAGCGAGGGAGAGGGAGAGGAUGAACCAUAAUAAGCAACAAUCAAGCGAUGGUGGGCACGACGAUGACGCUGCGCUCUCAGAUUUCCUCGCAUCCUUAAUGGAUUACACUCCCACUAUACCAGAUGAGUUGGUGGAGCAUUUCUUAGCUAAGACCGGCUUUCAAUCUCCCGAUCUUCGACUAACUAGGCUGGUAGCCGUUGCUACGCAAAAGUUUAUAGCUGAGGUUGCAAGUGAUGCUCUUCAGCAAUGCAAGGCAAGACAGGCUACUGUAGUUAGGGACAAAAGGGAUAAGCAGCAAAAGGAUAAGCGCCUUGUAUUGACGAUGGAGGACCUCUCAAGGGCACUGCAUGAGCAUGGCGUGAAUGUGAAGCACCAAGAGUAUUUUGCUGAUAGCCCUUCAAUUGGUAUGGAUCCUGCUUCAAGAGAUGAGUGAGUAUUGGAUUGGAUCUAUGCCAGAAGUUUAAAUAUACUACCCUAUUUAGGGGUUUCAAAAAUACUGCGAAAAGCUGAGGUUCACUGUAUCUUUAUCAUUAUGUUAGCCAAUGGAGAUAUGUUUAAUAUCCAGUACCUGCUAUUUUUCAUUCAUGCAUUAUAUUGUGAAAAAGUGUGUUAAUUUUAUAGUUAUGUUAACUAGAAAUCCUCCCCUUUGUCUU